GGCACUCUUGGAGGAGCUCGUGCAGGAGACUCGCCUGGGACGGGUCGUUGCGCCGUGCGCGGCCCCGGAUCACUGGACCGUCGCCACGGCGGCCUGCCCGGGGUGGCCGACAUGAGGACUUUGCGCCAGCCACCUUCGGGCGACUGUUUCGCGGCCCUGUCCUUCGCCAUCUGCCAGGUCGAGGAGAAUGGCGACCUCAAGCUUCGUCGGGGCGAGGACUGGCGCCGGUCGGGCCACAACUCGACCAUGGGGGCCGACGACGUUCCCACGCACCACUUCCUUGGCGACAUCGUCGACUUCAUCCUCGCGGCCUGGUGCGAGGGUUGGGACCCGGUCGUCUUCGGUCACGACCUGCAGAACGCCUACCGCCAAUGGGCG